UUGGUGAAAAUAAAAUUACAAAGAAAGAUACUGGUUCACAAACUGAAAAAUGGCUUGUUCCUACAAAAAUAUUAAUUGCUGGGAAAUUUACAAAAAUACACCCAAGAAGAAAAUUAACAACAACAGAAAAACACAUUUAUACACAAACAGAAAUACAUCCCACUCAACAACAAUCAGAAUUAAUUACAAAUUAUAAUCAAAAUAAUAAUUUA